AAAAAAAUGUGUGGUGGAGAUAUUUUCAACAAUUCAAAUUUAUAAGAAAGAAAACACUCAAUUUUGGGAAGUUCUAGUUAUAAGGAGAAAAGUUGCGCCCUGAGGAUAUGCUCGUUUCAUUUUUGUAUCGAGAUUGCCUGGCAUUGUGGAUCAUCUGCUCCCAGAGAACACGGUAAUGGUUUGUAUUUCCUACGGCUAUACAACUUUUCACUAACAAUGUAUAAUGUUUUCUUGCAAUGAGCAUGCACUCUCUUUGAGAGAACAAUUGUCAGACUGCUUCAGCAGUUACUUGCAAUAUUGGCUUCUUGUCUGUGAAUUGAAUUGAAUUCUAGUCUGUGCCCUGUCCCUUCUGUUAGAGUAUUUAUAUUGUGCUAAAGAACAAAACUUAAAUGUAUGCAUGCCAAUGAAUUUCCCCUCGAAAUAUGUAGUGGAAUGAGGCACAACAUUUCCGUUUGCUUUGUCUUGGCUGUACUAUUAUUGUACUGCAUUAUACCACAUUGUAUUGCUGUACUGUAUUGCAUUAUAGUGCAGAAUGCCUCGUAUCUUCCUCAUGCUCUUUAGGACAUUUUCUACUUGAUAGUGGACAUUUGUGAUCUUAUUUUCAGAAUGAAGAACUGUUCAACAAAUGGAAGACAGUCAUUCCAAGACUUGACAAAACGCUGUCUAAGACUGAUAAAGUGUGCAUCCUUCACUUCAAGGAGAGUGACAUUGAAAGGUACUACACCACCACUCUGAAGGAUGGCACAGUGCACAAGCUGGAAAGAACAAAGCCAACGCUAAAGGAGGAUGCUGUGCCUUGUCUCUUUCCGAAUACCUCGGAAAGUAAACGGAAAGAAGGCAAACGUAAAGCUCCUGCUGAAAGAUCUGUGCCUGUAAAGCAUGCGCGUGGACCAAGUGACGAGCCGCAGCCUGGCUGUUCUCACCACCACCAUGAGUUCCCUGUACCGACAGGUGAUGAGGACGAUCUCGUGGAUGUGACUGCACCAAUAAAUCAAGAUGACCACGACACCUUCACAAAACUGUUGGAUGAAGUGACACAGAUACAGAAACCUAACUCUCAGUGGGCAACUUCAAUUGAUGUGAAGAAAAAAUUCAUCGCUUUUGUUUACGUCGAUGACAUGUUCAAUGUGACAAAACGUAUCAUUGUGAAGGCUGACCUUGAAAUCUUAGUCUUUUUCAACGAAAGGUGUGUUCAGAUGCCAGAAACAAGUGGAAAGAAAGCAGUGUCUGGUUCAGAGGUCACAUCAAUCUUGAAAACCAUCGAUGAGGCUUGUGUGUGUCCUGGAGUCAAGGGGUCCUCCAGAAUUUCAGACAAGUGCACAGGGUACUACAUGGGAGCGGAGAGCACCUCAAGAGGGCCAAAAAUCGACAGAUGCAUCUAUUGUCGACUGGACACCACUAAACAGAAAAACACAAUGCGGCGACAAAAACAUGCAGUGAAAUCUGGACGAGGACGACCACCGAAAUCCUCUAGAAAGAAGUUGAACCAGCAGAGAAUACGCCUCCGGAAAACAGUUGUUAAAUUACAUCAGAAAGUCAACCACUUGAGGGAAAAGUGUGCCAACCUGUCAAAUGAAACUGUGGAAGCUGCAUUAACCUCUCUACCUGAUAGUCAGAAAGAAGCAGUCAGGCAAUGUUUUGCAAAUGCCAAAAGGAAGGGUCCACAAGGCCGUCGCUACACUUUGGAAUGGGUGUACGAGUGCCUUCUCAUGAGGAUAAAGAGCCCAGCACUCUACAAGCACCUGCGCUCCAAAGACCUGCUCCCACUUCCCUGUGUUGACACACUCAACAACUACAUCAACAAAGUCAAGGGCAUUUAUGGGUUUCAGGAAAGCGUCUUUGAAUGCAUUAAAAUUCGGUCAGCUGCAAUGGCACCUGAAGACAAGCACGGUAUGUUAUAUUACUUGCUCUAUUAUGGAAUGGUGGUGAUGGUGAAAGGGCUCGCCAUUGUCGGCCUCACAUAUGUGGGCAACGACCGACGCCCUGCGGAAUGUGCGUCCUGGGCCGACUUCUAA